GAGCGGCAUCUCAUUGGAGAUUUGGUGGGUUGGAGCGAUAGAUGGCAGAGAUAUGCUUGGAAAUCGUGGGAAGAGAGUCGCCGGCGGCGACAGUAACGGCGAUUGAGCCAUGCGAGAAGAACACCCAGGCUGCGAGACGCCGGAGGAUGCAGAUCCGACGGUUGAGAUGUAUCGCCGGCACGGAAUCGUUGGGAAGUCCAGUUGAUCUCAGCCGCAAGAGGCAGAGACCUGAUAUCUCCGUGCAUCCCCGGGUCGUUCUCUUCAAAAAAGACUCCGAUGAUGUGAAGGAGACGACAUCGGAACAGUCGCCGAGGUACGGUAUGACGUCGGUGUGCGGCCUACGCAGAGAGAUGGAGGACGCCGUCUCCAUCUGGCCGGAUUUCCUCAAGAACAGCGCAGUAAAGCACAGUUUCUUUGGCGUCUUCGACGGCCACGGCUGCUCACAUGUAGCUGCGUGGUGCAAGAAUCGGAUGCACGAGAUGUUGGAGGAUGAGGUGGAUCAGCUGGAUUCUGGUCUGCCGACGUCGCCGAUGGAGUGGGAGGGAGUGAUGGAUCGGAGCUUCUCGCGGAUGGAUGCGGAGGUAGUUACUUGGGGAGGUGCAGCCGGCGAGCGUCGGAACACGACCUGCCGGUGCGAGCUACAAACGCCCAAGUGUGAGCACGUUGGAUCCACCGCCGUCGUUGCUGUCGUGGGCCCGGAGCACAUCGUUGUUGCUAACUGCGGCGAUUCACGGGCUGUCCUUUGCCGGCAAGGCGCCGCCAUACCACUCUCCAUCGAUCACAAGCCAGAUCGGCCGGAUGAGAUGCAGCGGAUUCAGGCUGCCGGCGGCCGGGUUAUCUUUUGGGACGGGCCACGGGUACAAGGCGUGCUCGCCAUGUCACGUGCCAUCGGGGAUGGUUACUUGAAGCCGUAUGUGACGGCGGAGCCAGAGGUGACUGUAACGGAGAGGAAAGAGGAAGACGAGUUUCUGAUACUGGCGAGCGACGGGCUGUGGGAUGUGGUGACGAACGAGAUGGCGUGCCAAAUUGUGAGGAUGUGUUUGCUGAACAGCAGAAGGGGUGAGGUUAAGGAUGACCUGCCAGCAGAGACAUGCGACAAGGCUUGCUCGGACGCCGCGACUUUGUUGACGAAGAUGGCGCUGGCGAGGCGAAGCGCUGAUAACGUUUCCGUGGUGGUUGUCGAUCUCAGAAUGAAAUUAUAGUAACGAAAGAGAAUUGAAAUAGAGUGAGGAUGCUAAGUACCCAAAGAUAUAAUAUUGGACGGAUCUGUAUUUGAAGAUCUUGAUGAUGACGAUGAUGAACACAGAGCUGAUAUUUGGCCUAAUUCGGCUGGAGAGGUCAUUCUAAGUGGGUACUAUGUAAUGGGCAUACGGUGAGCGGGCUCAUCUUAACAUAUGUAAAUAGGAAAUGAUGAGGAAGGGUGUGUGUCUUAAGGAAAAAAUUGUUGUAAGCGGAAUUUAAUCUGGAGAUGUUUGGCAACGAUUAUCAAAAUUAAUGGGGCACAUCAUCUUUCAUAUGUGCACAGCAAUUACAGUUUAUUGCUAUAUUGGAAGAUGGAAUCGAAACCACAAGCUUUUCUAUCGAAGGGCUCAUCUUAACAUUGGAAAGAGCUUCAUUUUAAGAGUUUUCUUAAGUUUUUGAAGCAGUUAUAAUAGUUCAAAGGAGCUUCAGAUCUUCUAAUUUUAUUUGAAGGCUUUACGAUUCCUUUCCUCUGGAAUUUUAUUAAAACCUAACCCUAUCACUGUAUUUUGGAUGAGAGUAAGAAAAUGCCUCAAGCAUGCUUCCAUUA